UCGUUUUUAACGUUUUAAAAUCAUCACUGAGAUUUAAGCAAGCAUUUUUCUUUUGAUCAUUGGCCUCGUUAUUAACGUCUUUAUUUAUAAAUAGUGAUUUAAUAAUGUUUCUUUCAUCAUAUAUCUUGUUUUUUCUUUUCUUUUUUUUCUUCUUCUCCUUCUUUCUCACUAUCUGUCUUCCUCUCUCUUUCAAAGCUUCUCAUAUUAGCCAUCAAGAUCUUUCAUCACAUUCAUUAUAACACGCAUCGUCGUAGUCGUCGUGAAGCGAACGAAAAUUUGCCGAUUCUACAAAAAGAAAUGAAUAUCAUUUUCUUUUUCUAUUUGAUUUGUAUGCUGAUGAGCUUGAUUUGUGCUAUUCUUUGGUUAAAGAAGAGAUUCAUACCGGAAAGGCUUAUAAUCGUUAUUAUAGGAUAUAUUUUUGGUGCAAGUUCUAUGCUCUCAGUUGGUAUUAUGGAAAUGAAACAAGUCGAACAGUAUAUAGAUCUUCAAGAGAUCACUGACGAACAGCUACUCAAUCAUCCUAUGUUCGUUCAUAAUUUCUGCAUGUGUAUAUUAUCGAUCCUCGUCAUGAUUCUUUAUCUUCUACAAGGAUGGAUACUCUUCGAUUUAUGGCAAUGGAUUAGAAAAUUUGGAAGAUUACCGGAUAAUGAAUCAAACUGCAAUUCAAAUUUGAGUGAGAAUAGCGAGAUAAUCGGAGAAAAUACGUCGAAACCGUUUACAACAGAAGGGCCAGGGAAAUUAGAUCCCAUUCCAGAAUUAGGCAAUUUACUUUCUAUAAGAUUAACAGAUUCUAUACCGAUCGAGAAUGAACCUGUCAUUUUUUAUUGUUGUUGCGUUGAUUGUUAUAAUUACAUUAAAGAAAGUCGUAAAAGAACGCCACAUCAUGAAUUUCAAAUGAUCCAUGUAUUAUGAUAAUAUAUAUCAACAUCUACAUCGAUUAACAAUUAAUAUGUAGUAUUAUGAAUUAUGAUAAUAUAUAAGGGAGAAGUAGAAUUAUAUCAUUUAAAGAUAAAUAUACGACCGAUAAGAAGGUGAUAAGAGAUUUAUUGGUUGGUAAAGAAGAUUACAAUAGAAAAUAUACUUCAAAAAUAAAAGCAAGAUCGGUCAUGUUGGUUCUAGUUGAUAAGUUAGUUUGCAUUAUAAAAUAAAUCGCAAAUAUCCUAUCCUAUAGAAAUGUAUCAAUAAUAAUAGAAUCUGCAUUCAUCUAAAUUAAUUCGUAAUAGUAAAUUACUAUUUGCUCAUCCAGUGUAUGUCGGUAAUAGUAGAUUCCCUCGUUACCAUCAGUCGGUAACGGAAGAUUCCUGUUUUACCGACCUGUCGGUAAUAGUAGAUUCCCUCGUUACCAUCAGUCGGUAACGGAAGAUUCCUGUUUUACCGACCUGUCGGUAAUAGUAGAUUCCCUCGUUACCAUCAGUCGGUAACGGAAGAUUCCUGUUUUACCGACCUGUCGGUAAUAGUAGAUUCCCUCGUUACCAUCAGUCGGUAACGGAAGAUUCCUGUUUUACCGACCUGUCGGUAAUAGUAGAUUCCCUCGUUACCAUCAGUCGGUAACGGAAGAUUCCUGUUUUACCGACCUGUCGGUAAUAGUAGAUUCCCUCGUUACCAUCAGUCGGUAACGGAAGAUUCCUGUUUUACCGACCUGUCGGUAAUAGUAGAUUCCCUCGUUACCAUCAGUCGGUAACGGAAGAUUCCUGUUUUACCGACCUGUCGGUAAUAGUAGAUUCCCUCGUUACCAUCAGUCGGUAACGGAAGAUUCCUGUUUUACCGACCUGUCGGUAAUAGUAGAUUCCCUCGUUACCAUCAGUCGGUAACGGAAGAUUCCUGUUUUACCGACCUGUCGGUAAUAGUAGAUUCCCUCGUUACCAUCAGUCGGUAACGGAAGAUUCCUGUUUUACCGACCUGUCGGUAAUAGUAGAUUCCCUCGUUACCAUCAGUCGGUAACGGAAGAUUCCUGUUUUACCGACCUGUCGGUAAUAGUAGAUUCCCUCGUUACCAUCA